AUGGAUAGUUCAAAAACCCCCCUUGCUCCAGCUGCUACUCCAGUUCCGAAAAGCGUCAGCUCCGUCCAGCCAGUAUCUGACCAUCCAGAUGCAACUGUCACUACCUCUCCAGCUACCCCUUCCCCCGUUUCGGCAUCGGUUGCACCGCAGGCAUCAUCUUCAGCCAUUAGCUCACCGGUCAGCUAUGUGCAGCAAACGUAUAGCACCAAUGCCCCGGCGCCUCAACCUACGACUGCACCGCAGCCGAUAGUGAUUCCUGUCGGCAAGAUUGAGCAGACCGUCACUCCAUCAUCGAUGGCACUCAACCCACUGUCUAAAGUGGACAUCAUCCACGACGUUGUUACUAUCACAAUUCCCACCCAGAAAAUGGGUACCAACCAAAAUAUGGACACGAUGCAGGAUGCCACCUACCCCCAAAAAUACCAGCAAGAGACGGGCGCUACCCGCGCUCUUCCUCAAAUGACACUCAUUGCUAUCGCCGCAGCUAUCAUCUGCAUUUCAAUUUUGACGGGAAUAUCCAUUUGGACCUGUCACAAAAAGAGAACCCGGCGUCGUGCCGGAACACUUUCUCUACCGCAUGUCUCCGAUUCACCUAUGCCAAAGGAGAUCUCCUCUCCGGAGAAGAGCAUCCCACUCCAGAAAAUUGAACUAUCAAGCCCAACAAACAGUGGCUAUACGAUUGGUACAACUCCUCAUUCGGCCUUUUGUGAAGAAUUCGACUUUGGGCUGCCCGUUUUAUCGCCUACCCACGACCCAAAAUCAGUCCACAGAUAUCACGACGAGGUUAACGUUUCUGUCAAGGGAGGCUAUGCAAGCCCCCCCACAUGGGGUGGAGCACAACUUGAUCGAAUCCCCAGCUGUCCAGAGCACCUGACAUUUGUACCUAGGGUGCUCCUCACCGGGAAUCUGCUUCCUCCGAGAGCCGCCAUGGCCCCCCAUUCUGCGCCGCUGCGAUUCAGCCCCUAUGGCACAGGAGCGAUACGCUCCCCUCCCGAGCCAAGAUCCUGCAAGAUGAGUCCGGCGGAGGCUUCCACGGAACUUCAAAAGCUCAUAGAGCAAGUUGAUCUUCGAAUCUACGAAGACUUGGAUAUGGACGACAGCUUCAAUGAUAGCAUAAGCUCCGCAAGCCUGGAAAGCCUUUCCGCCCUAACUGGCGACUCCUUGCCGUACGGUGGAAACCUUUCGAUGCCCAAUGGGGUCCCGUUUCAUUUACCACUUCCCAUGCCUCGCUACAACUAUCGCAAAGUUACACGUUUACGCCCUAGCCCUUCCAUUGUAUAA